ACACCAACCACCAUGGGCGCCCCCUUCGACUUCGCGCCUGAGCGGCCGGAUCACAUGCAGCAGAUCCUCGAUGGCCUGGAUCGCUACAACCCAGAGACGACGGGCGUCUUCCAGGACUAUGUCAUGCAACAGUGCGAGAACCAGACGUACGACUGCUACGCCAAUCUCGCCCUGCUCAAGCUCUAUCAGUUCAACCCUCACCUCGCCCGCGACGAGACCAUCACCAACAUCCUCGUCAAGGCCCUUACUGUUUUCCCCAGCCCCGACUUCUCCCUCGGUCUCUCGCUCCUGCCCCCACAUGUCCUGGCUCCCCUCUCGUCCUCAUUACACAACCCUGCAGCCGGCGAUGCCCCGCUGUCAGAAGCCGUCCAGAAGCUAAACGAGCUGAGAAACCUGCUCGAAGGCGCCGACUACGCCACCUUCUGGUCCACGCUCGACUCGGACGACCUUUACGCCGACUUGAUUGCCGACGUCUCGGGCUUUGAGGAGUUGAUGCGCGUGCGCAUUGCUGCGACUGUCAGCCAGGCAGUCCGCGAGGUCGACCGAAGCAUCCUCGAGUCGUGGUUGAACCUCUCAGGAAGCGAGUUUGAUCACUUUGUUGGCAGCGUAUGCGGAUGGAAUGUCGACGGUGCCAAGGUCAAGGUGCCCAUCAACAAGGACAACGAGGCUAAGGGCACUGUUGUUCGCGAGAAUGUCAAGUUUGACCAGUUUGCAAGGGUCAUCAAGAGGGCGUACGAGCAGCCUGCAUGAGUGAUAUGACAGUUAAAUAUGACGACACGAGGAUACGGAUGGCACAGUUGGCGUUAAGAGGCGGAAACUAAAACUGCGUUAAGCAUGCAACAGCGGCAUGCCAGUCAUUCUGUACAGCAAUGCAGAAGUGGCCUGAGAUGGCUCACCAUAUACCCCAAAAGUACACGGUCAUCCAGCAAGCAGGCUAUUGGGGGAAACGUGUAGACGAUGCGGUAUGUCUUGAACAAGACGCCAGUGUAUGAAAUAUCAUUCAAUUUUCAACCG